AGAUUUUCUAAAAGUUUUUUUUCGGAUUUUUAUUUUUCAUAUUUUUCCCCUUCUUUUUAGGGUUUUCAGAAUCACCACCGAUCUCGGUUGAUCGAAUCUCGUCUUUCUAGGGUUUGAUUUGUUAACUUUCUUCAAUUUUCUCGAGUAAUUUUGGUUUUCCCGGAAUUUUGUUGGGCAAUUUUUUUUUUGGUUCGGAAGAAGUAAAGGAAAACGAAAAUCUGAUGGUUCAGUUAAUGAAAUCUGGAGAUCUCCGGUCCGAUCAAGAACCGGUAGCUUGUACGGACAAACAUCCGGUGAAAUUGGAGAUCGAGGAUUCAUUGGAAGAGGAGCAUGGUCCGCUCGCCAAGCGAUCCAAGCCUUCCCCGGCUUUCAAUGAGUGGGAUGCCGGAAACAAAUCUUUGCCGAUUCCUCCGUCACAAUACAACCCGCUUGAUGAGCCCAGCCCAUUGGGGUUGAAGCUGAAAAAGAGCCCUUCACUGUUGGAUUUGAUCCAAAUGAAGCUAUCUCAGGGUAAUCCUUCUCAACUUGGAGGUAUGCAGAGCGGAACUGUUACCUCUGUAGUCAAAAAGGAAAACAAAGGAAAUGCUCAAAUGACCUCUAAUGACAAGCUUAAGGCUUCAAACUUUCCUGCCUCACUUCUGAAGAUAGGCGCUUGGGAGUAUAAGUCAAGAUAUGAAGGAGACUUAGUGGCAAAAUGCUACUUUGCUAAGCAUAAGCUUGUCUGGGAAGUUCUUGAAGGUGGUCUUAAGAGUAAAAUUGAAAUUCAAUGGUCAGAUAUUAUGGCUUUGAAGGCGAAUUGUCCUGAUGAGGGACCUAGUACCUUGAAUGUUGUGCUGGCUAGACAACCUCUUUUUUUCAGGGAAACCAACCCUCAGCCUAGAAAACACACUUUAUGGCAAGCGACAUCAGAUUUUACUGAUGGACAAGCUAGCAUAAACAGGAAGCACUUUCUUCAAUGCCCUCAAGGACUGCUGACUAAACAUUUUGAAAAGCUUAUUCAGUGCGACAUGCGUCUAAACUUUUUAAGUAGACAACCAGAGGUACCUCUGGAUUCACCAUAUUUUGAACCACGAACUUCUAUUUUCGAGGACCCAGAAGAAUCCAAAGGCCGAGUUAUUGAUCUAAUGGACAAUGGUAUAGGAUCUUCCAUCUCUGGUUUUCAAGAUGUUGCAUCGCCAUCAACUCAGUCAUCUUCAUUUAAGCUUGAUCAGCAAGAUUCUGGUGGCAAUGUGGUGGAGACUAGGUCUAGAGAAGCUCCUUCCCCCAGCUCAGUUAUUGACAGCCAUGCAAUUGAAGGGAAUGGAAGUUCUGAAACUGUUAAUUCCCGGGGACCCAUGAAUUGGGACCAGAUUAAAGUCCCUGGUCUUCACCCUUCAAUGUCAAUGAGCGAUCUCAUGAACCACAUUGAAAAUUGUAUUUCAGAACAGAUAACUUCUGGAAACCAAUCUGGUGCUGAUCAACAAACAAAUUACCAAGACAUGUUGGAGGAGGUUGCACAGUACCUGCUGAAUGAUAAUCAAUUAGCAACCGAUUCCGAUGAGAAGUCUCUCAUGACAAGGGUCAAUUCUCUCUGCUGUCUUCUUCAAAAGGAUCCCGCCAACCUUCACCACUCUCAGGUUGAUGGCGGCGAGAGCUCUGUUGAAGGACCUGCUGGUGAUGGAAGUGAUAUUCAACUUAACCUUGCUCUCGACGGUAAAACAUCUGAAGAGCAUUUGAAUUUGAAAGAAAAUCCUGUUGGAAAGCAACCAGGAAUGUCGAGGAAAGAUUCUUUUGGAGACCUGCUGCUUCAACUUCCACGAAUUGCUUCUCUUCCAAAGUUCUUGUUUAAUAUUUCAGAAGAAGAUGUUGACAGCCAAUCUUCUUAAUAAAUUUCUACUGGUUAGUUCUGAAAGACUGGCCGGCCAGCUUGGGAACGAGCUGAGCUGAACAGGGAAUUCAUUCUCCCCUAUGUAGCUGAGGAUUGAAUUUAGAGCAAAAAGGUUUGACAUAUCAUAAAAAAGCUUGCUUGUCUUGCCGGGAGGUAUUGGGAUUCAGAAAUUAAUAUUGAUGAAGAAUCCUGGUAAAGCUCCCUUUGUAAAAAAAAGAAAAAAAAAGUUCAAAGUUUUAGGUAUUGCUCUUCAUUGCUGUUAUUUUCUUUCAUGUCUUAUGAACAAGACCAGGUAUAUGUAUGUGCAUGUAUAUAUAUACCUAUUAUUAUUGUUAUUAUUAUUACUACUAUAAGUAAAUUGUUGAAUCAUUGCAAGGGGUUAAUGUAUUUGGAAUCUGGUUCUUGA